AUGGUAUUUUAUCUCUAUUAUUUCGUUGGGACCAAGUCAUCCCAGUACAUCAAGUCAUCCCAGUGCAUCAAGUCAUCCCAGUGCAUCAAGUCAUCCCAGUGCAUCAAGUCAUCCCAGUGCACCAAGUCAUCCCAGUGCAUCAAGUCAUCCCAGUGCAUCAAGUCAUCUCAGUGCACCAAGUCAUCCCAGUGCACCAAGUCAUACCAGUGCACCAAGUCAUCCCAGUGCACCGAGUCAUCCAUCCAAGUAUUACUACUCUUUCUAGCAAAAGACAUGCUUUUCGUAUCUCAGUCAAUAGCCCUCGACGAAUGCUUUGUUCUCGGUGCUGGUAACAUGGCAAAAGUGAAGCUGUUGCUGCUGCUGCUGCAGCUGAUGAAGAUGUCAUUGUCUGGAGCAUAUGAGGAAAUUGACGGGAGGGCUCGAGGAAUUCGGUCGAAUGGAGACCAGACGAGUGCUUCCAGACACUUGAACGGCGCUGCAGAGCGCAACAUUAGCACCACAGAGCCCAACGCAAGCACCACUCACUCGGGUGAUCGUAAAACGAGCUCUAACAACACCUUCAUCAUCACUUCGACCGCCACAACUGCACAGGCUGGAGAGAUCGUCUUUCUCCCAUGCACCAUACCGCCUGAUAUGGCAAAACAUGCACAGGUAUCGUGGGUUCGAAGGCAAGACUGGCACAUCCUAACCUCUGGUCUCCAAACUUAUACCAAAGAGCAGCGCUUCGCCGUGCACCACACAAAUGCAACCAACGAAUGGACUUUAGCCAUAAAAUACGUGGAGGUUCCUGACCAGGGCAUGUACGAGUGUCAGAUCGUAGGAGGCGGCACGGCGAUGUCUCAGCUCGUUCACCUGACGGUUCUGUCGCCCCGAGCGAUGAUCCCUGGCAACGGCGAGCACCACGUGGACGCGGGAUCAACCAUCACCAUCGAGUGCUUCAUCCAACAGAGUGCGGCGCCUCCUCAGUACAUUUUCUGGUACCACAACUCGCGCAUGAUCAACUACGACAAAGAGCGCGGCGGCAUCAGCGUCACCAUCGAGGCUGAGCCCGACGUUCGCUCGCGUCUCACCGUCACAGACGCACGGCAGUCAGACUCUGGCAACUACACUUGUGAUGCUGCCAACACUGAGCCUGCCAGUAUAACUGUCUAUAUCACUCAAGUGAACAAAAUCGCGGCAAUUCAGUCCCGCGCCGUGGGUUCGAGCAGCCGUAUAGCCGUGAUCGCGUACAGCCUCCUGUGGCUGCCGCUGGCGGUGGCAAGCAUGCGCUUCACCCCUGCACUGGUCACCCCUGGCGACACCAACACCAGAUGGCUGAGCCUCCUCGCCCUCACUGAGGCCGUGAAGACCAUCAGUAACUCUGCCCUCGACGCUUCAAGGAGGCCUCGCGCAGUGAGGGAAGAACUCAGAUCGCGUGUGCAUUUCCUGAACGCUGAGUCGCGAAAUGUUCGUGAUGCAAACCAAACUGCCGGAAUAUACGGGAAUGCUGUUCCGUCUCAGCAAUAUUAUAUUUGACCAAAUUCUGAGAUCUAAAGUUGAGCUUAAAAACCAUAGAAUAAGGGUU